AUGUCCGCUGCCACACAAUCUUCGCCCGCUACCAACGGCAUUUCUUCGUCGCCUUCUAAGGUCGCCUUUGACCACAGUGAGGCUCUCAAGAAGAUUGCUUCCGUGCCUCUGGUUUCUGACUCGCUCUCGUUUGCUCAGUCGACCAUCAAAUCGCACUCGCUUCUCGCCACUACGUACGGCUACGGUGAAAAUCUCAUCAACUCGUCGCUCAAAGCUGCCGAGCCCAUUACCAACCGCAUCCACCCACAGCUUGCUUACGUCGACUCGCUCGCUGUCAAGUCGCUCAACUUUGCCGAGAGCAAGUGGAGCUACCCCUUCCAAGCAAACACACAGGAGCUCAUCGAUGUAGCCAAGCUUCCAGCUGACCACGCACGAAGCUUCGUCCAGGCUUACGCUGCCGCCGUUCAAAAGGCGUACGGAGAGCGUCUGUACACUCCCGCCAAGUCUGCCUACGAUUCGCACAUCGUCCCUGCCUACGACACAGCCUCCUCCAAGUUUGAUGAGAUCAAGAACCAGAACGCUGUCCUUCAGCGCGCGACCGACAUUGUCAAGGAACUACAGGCUAAUCUCGCCAAGACUCUCGAGACCAUCUCUUCGCGCAGCAAACAGGAGGGUGAGCAGGCGACCGAGAAGGCUCAAGGUCUGUCGAAUGCCAUCUUUGCCGAGCUCGAGCGCGUUCGCAGCUUUGCGCACAGCUUGCCCGCCGAGAGCCGCAAGCGUGUCGGACCUGUCAUCGAGACCUUCACCGAGACGUACGAGCGUCUCAGCAAGGAGGCUCGUAACCCCGAGCUGCCCGCAAGCACUCGUUUCCUCAACGUGAUCAAAUUUGUCCGAGAGCAGUCGCUGCCUGCUCUUCAGAAGGCCAUCAUUAGCCCUCCCUCUGAGACUACGCAGAAGGUAGAGGCGAAGGUUGACGCGGCCGUCAGCGGCAGCAAGUAG